AUGGCUGAAGACGAGGCUUCGACCAGUCGGGCGGAACUCUGUGCGCGUUUGGACAAAGUUCUGAGCGCCGGGUCGGAAUACAAAAUCCACCAUCUCUCGACUCCGCCAACAAAGUCAGACGCCUUGUUCGCUGCUCCGCCAGGCCAGAGGCCCCAGCGCACCCAUUGCGAAUCCCAUUUCUUGACUCUUUCGAUUGCAUCGCCGACAUCUCCAUCUUCAUCUUCAUCCUCUAUUCCGACAUCCUCCCAGACUCGAGGCGGCCAUGUCUUUGUCUACGCCAUUGAGAUACUUGUCUACACGACUGCUUCCUUAACCACGCUAUUCGUCUCAAAAGCCGACUCGACAGGCUACCUCAACCUGAAAUCCGCUCAACCGCGCCAGUCGCCCAUCCGUCCCGUCACUUCGACCUUCAUAACCUGGCUCGCCGAGACCAGACAGAGACCCGCCAUCCCUCUCGUAGUCUCACUCUUCGCCAGAGCCCAAGACCAAUACCUCUUUCCAGGCAGUGUCGACCAUGGCGCAAAGCAUGUCUUGGACGAUAGACAACUCGUCAAGUGGUGGUGCAAGACUCUCGACCCUGUCCUGAGAUACCCGACCACCGACGACAACUACACCACCCGCGCCCACGUCAUCGUACCCGGCUUCGAUCACCACGAGACGACCCAAUUCUUCCCAACCUCACACCGCUCCGAUCCAGUCGACAACCGAAGAUGGCAACAUGGCCAUCCACUCCUCGAAAUCGCUCCCAAUCCGUCUGCACCGCCUCGAUGCCUCGUACCGCACUUCCCCGACGACCCCAAAGCCCGUUACCUUGAUGAACUCGAUGCCGAAAUACCCGAUUCGCAACCUUCCCAGACUUUGUUCUCGCCCUCUAAGAAAGGCAGUGGCAUGUGGAAGAGCAUCAGGACUUUGGAUCAAUUCUGGGAUACAAUGGCCUUCAGACAAGAGUGUUGUGCUGGACGAAUGGUUGGCUUCAUCUGGCUAGUCUUCAAACCCACGCGCCCUUCCAUACAGUCGCUCGAGGACUCUGUGACGAAUCUUAAUCCAGCGACAUCGUUCAAUGCAGAUGAGUUGCUUGGAGCAUACCUGAUUCCUUCUAGUCAAGAGAGCGUCGGCCAAGCCACAGAAGCCACCAAGUCGAGUCCAAGAAAGAAGUCGUCGCGGAGGAAGAAGCUCUCGGGCCCAAUCGUUCCUCGUCAGCCAAAGAUAAAGUCGUCUUCAUCAAACAUGUCCUCUCGCUCCGACAAGACGAUCAGUAAAGAGUGGCCAGAGACGGGCCGUGGUCAAAUCGUGCUUGAACACUCCGCAUACACCAGAGUCCACGACCUACUGUUACGGCUCGACUUUUCCGACGCAGAUGCAGCUACUAGCAGCACUCGCAAAUGGUUGACAGAGGUUACAGCCAUCACUAUCCCGACUGCGGACUGGGGCACCGGCAUCACGGGCUCGCUUCCGAUGAUGAAUCAACAACAAUCUGUCGAUGGCGUCGUGGCACCCGCAUCUGGUCAAGUCAACGAUUUGUCUGGCAUGCUCAUCCGCAAGAAGAGAAAGAAUGCAGAUGAUCAAACUCAACCAUCAGCCGCUGUGGAUGCACCAGCCGUGAAUGUAUUGAGUGCUUCAAUGAUCAGAAAGAAACCAAAGGUCAGCAAUCCUUGA